UUGCAGCACUGAGCCUGCGCAGUAGAGGUGUAGCGUUUGGGCUAAAAACGAAGCCCGCGCCUGAGUAUCUAUCUUUCAAGUAUUCGCCUCCGAAUAAUUUAAACCUACUUCGGUAUAAUGGCCAGAGAUAACACCUUUAUCGCGGGUGGCGUGCGAUCCUAAGAAAGAGCAGAAUGCGGCCGUGCCCCACCUUCCUGCUGGUGCUGCUGCGCUGGGUGCGGUUGCGCAUGUGCGCCAGACGGUGGCGCUACAGCAAUGGCAACAACAGUAGACUACCUCUGUGUGUGAGACAGAGAUGGGCCUACCUCAAACUGAUGGUUAACUCCCUCUAUUACAACUCCCUCACCAACUCUGAUGUCGUCAUGGACUCACUGAUGGAACCCAUCUUCUGGAUGGUGGACCUACUUACCCGCUGGUUCGGGGCGGUGUUUGUCUGUCUGGUGGUGAUACUGACCAGUUCUAUCCUGCUGAUAGCCUACGUGGGUCUGCUGCCCCUGAUUCUCAACACCUACUCUCCACCCUGGAUAGUCUGGCACAUCGGUUAUGGACACUGGAACCUCAUCAUGAUUGUCUUCCACUACUAUAAAGCCACCAAGACCUCCCCAGGAUACCCCCCUACGGUAAAGAAUGACAUUCCGUUUGUGUCCGUGUGUAAGAAGUGUAUCAUCCCCAAACCAGCCAGGACUCACCACUGUGGAAUCUGCAACACGUGCAUUCUGAAAAUGGAUCAUCAUUGUCCGUGGCUGAAUAACUGUGUUGGCCAUUUUAACCAGCGCUACUUCUUCUGCUUCUGUCUCUCCAUGACCCUGGGCUGUGUCUACUGCAGCAUCAGUGGCCGGAACCUCUUCCUAGAUGCUUAUAGUGCUAUAGAGCGCUUCAAACACAUGGACUUGGAUAAAUCAGGUGUCCCGGUGACAGGAAUGGGGCAACUCAUAGGAAUCUUACCUCCUGGGCAGGUAAGCACCUACCAGACCCCUCCUCCUCCCUACACGUUCAGAGACAAGAUGUUCCACAAGAGUAUCAUCUACAUGUGGGUAUUAACUAGCACGGUGGCCGUAGCUCUGGGGGGGCUGACUAUCUGGCACGCAGUGCUGAUAUCCCGAGGAGAGACCAGCAUAGAGAGACACAUCAACAACAAGGAGGCCGAACGCAUGGCCAAACAUGGCAAGGUGUACAAGAACCCCUUUAACUAUGGCAGACUAAACAAUUGGAAAGUCUUCUUUGGUGUGGAGAAGAGAAGUCAUUGGCUGACGCGAGUCCUCCUGCCCUCUGGACAUGCCCCCUAUGGGAACGGCCUGACCUGGGACAUCUGUCCAAUCAGAAAAGACCUGAUUCCCGUCUGAGCCAAA